AUGGACCCUGGCCUUAGCAAUGUUCCAACUACAGCCACCGCUCUUUCAGACAAGUCAAAUUUGAUCAAAGAUAUCAUAGCGGCUUCUCAAAAUCAGCUGAAUGUUAUUUUCAAGUCUAAUCAAUUGCAGGAAGAUUAUGGUUUAUUGAACGGCUUUAUAUCCUUUGUUCACUCGAAACUAAACAGGAUCAUUAACGAAUUAAUUAGUCACCUAAAGUCUCUCCAAACAAGCUCCGAAAGUUUAAAGCAGUAUUAUGAUCAAAUACUACUAAUUCUAGACUUGACCUGGGAACAACUCUGGUAUCCCACCUUCAAAUGGUUCCAAGCUUGGAGACGAGUUUUGCUGACAAACAAAAAAGGUGAGCAAUUAAAUUAUGCUGGCCUCAGAAAGAUGAAUUCAAAAUUGAAUAAAUAUUCAAAAUCAGUAUUUGAAUUCUAUUUUAAUAUCAUGGAUACCAUAGUGAUUAACUUUGAAUACAUGCUUUUUAUUCCCAGUGAAAUUAAAGAAAAGUUGGGCCUCCGCAUUUUGGCUGAAAGCGACGAUGAUAUCGAUAUUACUGUUAACAAUGAAAAGCAUGCACUAUUAAUGGUUUUAUUCCACCGAUGCGUGCUAUAUUUGGGUUCAACAACUCGCUACAAGGUAACAUUUGAAAAAUUUUAUAACAAUUAUUCAGCAAAAGAUUAUAAGAAGGCACUGGAGUUCUAUCAUACUGCAAUCUUACUUUUGCCACAUAUAGGAGAACCAUUUUUCCAAGAAAGUCUAAUCUCACUACAAUGUAAAGAUUUCCCAGAUAUGGUAUAUAAUUUGGUUAGAGCGUCGUUGACUACUGUCCGAAGUGGUUCUGCCAUACAGCAUUUUAAUGCUAUAAUGUUCGAGGAGAAGAGUCCAUUACGGCAAAAGUUCAACAAAGAGUUGAAUGAGAUCCAUAUGGCUAGUCUCAGAAACACGAGGAUUGUGAAUAGAGAAAUUAUUGGAUCCUAUUUUUUCACUUUACUUGCAUCAAAGGUGGCGCCAGAUGCAUGGAUUGAUAAAAAAAUCAAUAAGAUUCACAGUAUUGAUAUCAGUCAUUUAGAAAAUGUCUUAUUUGAAACCAUCUCGACAAGGUACAUCAGGAAUAUUGAUGUCAUCUUCAAAAAUCUUAUUAUCUCGAUUGGAACUUUUCAAUUAUUGCAUUACAAAAUAGACAAAAAGUCAAAGUUAUUUGAAGCUCCAAUUACUGCAUUGACUACUCAACAAAUUGAUUAUUUAAAGUUUGCUUUCAAGUACAUUUCUAUAGUCAUAGAAAAUGUCAUUUUGGAAUCAUGGAGCCAGCAUCUGGAAUCUUGGGAAUAUCUAGGUAUAGUUCGUGUCCUACUGUGCUGGAUCCAAUCGCAUAACUGUGUGAGACAGUUCGCUCAACAAAAUAGUCAAUUCUGUAAGAAUUUUGCUAAAUUGUUGAAUGAUUUCUUGAGAAACAAGAAGAUGAUUGAACAAGAUUUCUCUUUUGGCGAGUUACCCACCAGAAAGUAUUAUUUUGAUGAAGACAAUGAUGUCAAAAAUUUUAUUUGUAUUCAUGGUAUGCUGGAUGAUUUCAAUGAUCAAUGUCUUACAGAAGCACUGGAUGAUCCAAAAAGAAAAAUAACCGGAUCUUUAGCAAAAGACAAAAAGAUGGAUAAUGUAGCUGAAAGCAAACUAAGAUUGAAAGCUAUUUUAGUGAAAGGUAAGAAAUUCAUGGACGGCAAUGAAUGUGGUAUUUCAUGGGAUCGUAAUAAAACAGUGUUUGUUCUUGGUACUGUAAAAUCCAUUAAACUAGCUGGCAAAAGUGUAUCUUGGAAAAAUGAUUCUAGGAGUCAAAAGUCUGUCAAAAAGGGAAAGAAUGAUAAUGUUACAAUUUCAAUGGCGGACUUAGAAGCUCAAUUACAAAGCAAAAGAGAGCAUACCCAAUCGAUGCGUCGUAAUUAUAGUGGAUCGACUAUCCCGAUGGCACCAGAAACAUUCAAAGUCAAGCCAAGUAAAAAUUUACUACCGGAGCUCAAGGAAACUUCAACAUCCACUGUAGUGAAUAAUAAAAAUAAAAAAGAACAUAUCUUCAAUGAGAAUGGUACUAGUGGAAAACUAAAUAGUUACAUGACUACAUUGACACCAACAAGCUCAGUAACAGAUAUGGAAUCGAUAGAGAACUCAUUGCAAUCGCUGAGCAUUAAACAGAACGAAGAGAUGAAGCAAACUGAGCGUUCGAAAUAUUUACAUAAUGUUUUCCAGUCAGGAGUCCAACAGCAACAGGGUACAUAUGCCAAUCAUCCAAUGUUUCCUUCUAUACCUAUCUCACCUCCCCCAUAUUUUUCGAUGCCACCAUCGGUGCAAACUCAUAGUGGAUUCAAUGCUAUGGAUGUUCCUGCCGCAAAUACAUGCCAAACUGGUUCUGAAGGCUUCAUUACAACCUAUCCAUACAAUUUGAUGGAUACGUCAAAUCUUACAAUUUCACAACAGAAUGAUGUGCAUCCACAGCUUUUUCCAUCCCCAGAGCAACAAGCACAACAUCAAAAAGAAAUGAAUAAAUCUGGGUUUUGGGUAGGAUCUCAGAACCAAAUACAGAGGCAAAUGUAUCCAUACUUGCAAAAUUCAUCAGCAUAUUUCAACGAAUAUUCUCAACCCAAUAUGUAUUAG